AUAGAUAUGGACCAGGGAGUGAAAUGGGCAACAGAACUUAUUGACCAAAAGUUGGCUCUGGAGGAGGAACAGCAGAAACAUUCCACCACUUCCCCUACAAGUGCAAACCCACCAGAAGUAGCACGUACGGACACCCCACUUCUGGAGGACGAGAAGAGGCAUGGAGUCAAGCACAAAGGCAUUGAAGGAAUUAAGGGACAUGAAAGAGUGCGGAAGAGCUCUGUGGAUCUAAGGCGGGAGAUCAUUGAAGUUGGUGGCACCCAGUAUCUCUUUGAACUACGCAAGAAACCCAGGAAGAAGAAGGAGGAGAAGAAACCAGAGCCGGAACCAGAGGAAAUUACUGGCCCUGUGGCUAAUGAGGACUUCUUGAAAGCUGCUGUGCAGGGCAAACUGCGUGUGGUGGAGAAGUUCCUGGUAGAUGGCGGCUCCCCAGAUACCUGUGAUGAGUUCCGCCGGACAGCUUUGCACCGUGCGUCACUUGAGGGGCAUGUGGAGAUUGCAGAGAAACUCUUGGCCCAAGGCGCUACUGUUGACUUCAGAGAUAGACUGGACUCCACCGCUAUGCACUGGGCCUGCCGUGGUGGAUAUCUGGAGGUGGUGAAGCUGUUGCAAGAAAAAGGAGCUAAUCUCAAUGUGAAAGACAAGCUUCUUAGCACCCCACUUCACGUGGCCACUCGGACUGGAAUGGUUGACAUUGUGGAGCACCUGCUAAAUAAUGGAGUGGAUGCCAAUUCCCGUGAUCGCGAGGGAGAGAGCGCCCUCCAUGAUGCUGUCCGUCUAAAUCGCUACAAGAUAAUUAAAAUGCUCAUUCUGCACGGAGCGGACAUGAUGGCCAAAAACGUGGCUGGUAAAACUCCAACAGAUCUUGUGCAACUAUGGCAGACAGACACACGGGAUGUGCUGGAGAAGCAAGAGCCAGAUGCAGCAGAAAUGCCAGCGUAAGGCACAAAUGGAAGGAAAGCAGAGAAGGCAAAUAGAACUCCAAUCAGAAUGGUUCUGGACUUCAAAAAGCUGUGCCAUUAAAAUGCAAUAAAGAAAUAAACAAAGGAAAGAUCACUUAGAAGUUUGUGCACCGCCUACCUUCCUUGUGUAGCCACAAC